AUGGGCCGUGUCAUACGCGCUCAACGUAAAGGUGGCAGUGCAAUUUUCAAAUCACGAACCUUCCAUCGAAAAGGUGCAGCAAAAUUACGUUCGAUUGAUUAUGCUGAAAGACAGGGAUACCUACGUGGAGUCAUAAAAGAUAUUAUUCACGACCCUGGGCGUGGAGCUCCACUUGCCGUUGUACAUUUUCGUGAUCCAUAUCGUUAUAAAAAACGAAAAGAACUCGUUGUUGCCGCGGAAGGAAUGUAUACUGGGCAAUUUAUCUAUUGUGGAAAAAAGGCUGCAUUAACCAUUGGUAAUGUAAUGCCAGUUGGCGCUAUGCCCGAAGGAACUGUGAUUUGCCAAGUAGAAGAACGAACGGGUGACCGUGGCAAAUUAGCUAAAGCAUCAGGAAAUUAUGCUACAAUUGUCUCACAUAACCCAGAAGCAAAAAAAACAAAAGUCAAAUUACCAUCAGGCGCAAAAAAGACACUAUCAUCUUCAAAUCGUGCGAUGGUUGGAAUUGUUGCUGGUGGGGGUCGUAUUGAUAAACCAAUGUUGAAAGCAGGACGUUCAUUUCACAAAUUCAAAUCGAAACGAAAAUCAUGGCCGAAAGUUCGUGGUGUUUGCAUGAAUCCUGUUGACCAUCCAUUCGGUGGUGGUAACCAUCAACACAUUGGAAAACCAUCCACAGUUAGCAGAUACGCACCACCUGGUAGAAAGGUUGGUUUGAUUGCAGCCAGACGUACUGGUCGUAUUCGUGGUACAGUACAAACAAAAGAAGAAUAA